AUGUCCUCCAAAGAUGUCUCCCUGGGUCUAGCCGGCGGCGUUGAAGGUAGUCCAGAGGGAAUUACUCUACGGCGGGAUGCGGUUUCUAUAGCUCGCACCAUCCGAGGAAACCCGAGUUCGCUUGGGUAUACGCGACGGGACCUCGUCCUCAUUAUUAUCAUCAUCCACCUCGCGAACCCGCUUGGUCGUCCUGUCGGGAGUCCGAGGAGCGAACGCCUACAUAGCUUGCGGGAUCCACCCAAAGUCACGAUCGUCGCGUCCCGGAUCCUAGGAACGGAAAACCGGGCACGCUCGAGCUUUGCCGCAGAUGCUGACGAAUCGCCUUUCCACUUCUGCGUCGUGCUUGUCCGGUUCGUGCCGGGCGUAAAAGAUGGACUUGGCGAUGGAUUUGGCGACACGCACGAUGCAGGCCACGGCGUGCGAGUUGUCGGAAUGUUCCAUCUGAGACUUGUGAAAGUGCAGAUCUUCGAGGAGGUGUAUGAUGCGAUUGGUGUUGGGAAGCCCAAUCGGGCACUUGCAUUCGACCAGCCGCUCUUUGAUCAAGAUACUGACCGGGCAGGCGUUCGCUUUGGUGGAUUUCAGAGCAGCCGGGAUAUCCAACACAUCGCCAUAUGA